AUGUUCCCAGUAAUUUCCAGCCAUCGCCUUUGUUGGGGUGGGCUUCAGAGGAGAGUCUGCCUGAACCAGCCAGUGCUGAACAGGCAGCACUUUCAGCAUAUGCACAUUAAAGUUGGAGACCGGGCUGAACUUAGCAGGGCCUUCACACAGAGGGAUGUGGCUGCCUUCUCAGAAUUAACGGGGGAUGUCAAUCCUUUGCAUUUAAAUGAAGAUUUUGCAAAACACACCAAGUUUGGAAAGACGAUUGUACAUGGAGUUUUGAUCAAUGGACUUAUCUCAGCUCUGCUGGGUACUAAAAUGCCGGGACCAGGCUGUGUAUUUCUUUCCCAGGAAAUUAACUUUCCAGCGCCUUUAUAUAUUGGAGAAGUUGUUUUAGCUUCUGCAGAAGUGAAAAAGUUGAAGCGGUUCAUUGCUAUUAUUGCAGUGUCAUGUUCUGUAAUAGAGAGUAAAAAAACUGUUAUGGAAGGCUGGGUUAAAGUUAUGGUCCCAGAAAUUCCCAAAUCCUGAGAUAUGUGUUUAAAGAUGCAAGUUCAAACACCAAUGCUGUUACUCAAGAGUAGCUGGUGAAUCAGGGAUUGCUGCUCUUCACCAAGGAAUGUCUGAUAGGCCCAGAAGCCUGUAUUAGGGGAAGGGAGCAGGUAUGGGGGUGUUCAUGUGUCCCCUCUUUAAUGUGGCCCUAUGCUUCACACAGACUUGAAUAUAUGCGGGAUAUCAUCAUCUGUCUAGGUUUCUUUAAAUUCAAAAAGUAUUGGGAAGGUUAUUUGUCUAAAGGCUCUACUUUUGGGAUUUCAAAUUUAGAUAACAAAGGUUUUUUGGAUGACAAAAAACCUACCUAUAUUUCUGUAGAGUCAGUUUCACCGACUGGAUCUAGCGUUUAGUUAUUGAAGACAACAACAGCAGAAGUUGGGUAUCUUUGAAUAUCUCCUCUUUACCAGUAAAUAUUAGACCCUGUUCUUCAGCAGUUUCUGGGUCAGAGUUUAUUAUAAUUUGUUAUUGUUAACACCAGGGUGGCAUCUUGCUCAGCCUUCAGGUGGGCCUUGCCUUUCAGGUAGUGUUCAUGCUAUUGGAGAAGAGCUUAUGCGCAGUCUGGGACUCAGCUGUGUAAACUGUGUCUGGUCUGUAAAAUGGUGAUAACAUAUACCACGCAAGACUGUUGUUGGAGAUGGUAGACACAGGGUUAAGCCCAGGGCUGGGCCUGUGAACAAUAGCUGCUAUUACUGCCCACUUCUGUGACUGAGGUUAGGGGUUUUCCUGAGUUUGAAGUCCACUGGCCCACAGUUAAACAGAUAACCAGUCUUUCAGGGUGUCAGCCAAUCUGUAUUAGUGUUCUUGAAUGCAAGGUUCCUAUUUUAAGAGUCCAGAUUCUUUUCUCCCUCCCUUUAAAAUGUGGUUCUACUUCCCAUUUCUAUAAAAUAUGCAUACUGUAAAAAAAAUUGUAAGAAAUAAAAAAUUGAAGAUAGUGCAGGCCGAGUUCUUAAGAGUUGGGGGGUAUUGAAGGGGAGAUGUGCCUAAUGUGUUAGUACAAAUGGUCAUCCCCAACACAGCCAGCACUCUUCUCAUUUUUUUAAUAACUAUUGAGAUAUACCAUAAAACUCACCUUUUUUAAGUA